UCCCCGCCCUCGCUGGCCGGGAGGGGCGAGGCGGCACCGGUGGCCGCCGCAUGGGUCCGGCGCGGCCGCCCCGCUGCCGGGCCCGGCCGGGGCCGGGGCUGCUCCUCCUCCUCCUCCGGCUGGCGCUGCCCGGGGCGGCCGCGGGCAGCGGGGAGGCGCCGCCAGCAGGAAGAAACUGUAGCUUAUUGCAGGAAAUGGAUGUCAUCGAGAAACAGGAUGAAAACUGUUACUGCUAUGUGCAAAACAGAACCAUUCACUUACAGUACCUGUGGUCAACUCUUCAGGUAAAAGUUAACAGCAGAGAAAAGUUCAGGUUUGAGCCUAUUUCAGAAAAAAGCAACUGUCGGAAUUCAGAAACUGUUUUUGAGUUUGCUGCAUGUGCUGUUCAAAUCCUCUGGAAGCCAGAGACAUGUACAGAAACUUCCAUGAGCAUAAAACAAUAUGGAGAGGAUGUUUGUUUCAAAAUACAGCCCUUCAAAACUGUACCGUACACUGUGAGGGUGAAACGAGAAAUGCUAGAUGGAAAGCUCUUGUUUUUGUUUGUAGCUGGAAUUUUUCUGUUCCAUUUUGCAAACAGCCUGAGCAGGAGUACCAAAUUCUUUUACCUUUCUGGAAUAAUACUGGGUGUUCUUGCUUUGCUAGUCCUUGUCCUGUUGACACUUAAAAGGUUUAUUCCAAGGCACAGUACCUUCUGGAUCCUAAUGAGUGGCUGCUGGAUGGCCUCUCUCUAUUUUAUUUACUGCUUCAAAGAGAAUAUGCAGUGGUUGUGGUCUGAACACAGAAACUACCUGUUGGGGUAUUUUCUGGCUGUUGGGAUCACCAGCUUUGCCAUUUGCCAUCAGCACGGGCCACUCACCACUGAACUCAGCAUAACCUUGUUCACGUGGACGCUGCAAUUAACAGCUUUUGUCUUGAUUUACUGUGGUGUCACCAUACCUCAAGUUGCAUAUGCAGUGAUAGCAGUCAGCCUCUGCUCCAAAGGCCUGUGUUAUCCCCUUGGUGCUGCUUGUUAUAUAGCCAGAAAAAUGAAGACUCACUUUAAAUCAAAAAAGCUAGUGUUUAAAUACCUGACUGAAGAGGAGUAUCGAGAACAAGGUGAAACUGAAACUAUCAGGGCUCUGGAGGAGCUGCGCUCGUUCUGCAGGAACCCAGAUUUCCCCUCAUGGAUAGCUGUAUCCAAACUGCGGUCCCCACACAGGUUUGCAGAUUUUGUUCUGGGAUUUCCCCACGUCUCACCUGCAGAAGCAAAGGCACAUGAUGAGGAAUACGGCAUUGGGAGCUCCUUCCUGGAGGAGCAGCUCUUUGAGACAAGGGCACGGCCUGAGCAGGAUGAUCCAGCCAAUUCCAUCCAUGAAGAUGAGGAGAAUGAAGAUGAAAGGCAUAAACAAAUUUCAUUUCCAUAUGCUACUGAGUUGCUCUGAGCUUUGGGAAAUAACAAAAAAAAAAAAAGAGAGGGAAAACACAUUUGUCCUAGAAAGGAAGGAUACAGACUGAGAACUCCCACUUGGCUAUUUCUUGUGGUUGCUGGUGGACAAAUGAGGAUUUUUUAAAAAAAUAUUUCCCGUAUCACUGAUGUUACCUGGUUAGAGCAACAGAGAAACCAUCGGGGCUGUUCAAGUGAAGAGGAAUCUCAUACUACUGGUAUUUUAACUGGGGAAGCAAACAUGGCAGGCAGCAGCCUGUCCCACCAGGAUGCCUUGUUUUACCAAGGAUACUACCUCUAGGAAACGGGGAACCUGUUUUGUCUCUUUCCAUCCUCAAGUCCUCUGUGCUGAGCACUAGAGGGAGAAGAACCAGUUUUUAAUACUCUGCUUUUAUUAAGUACACUAUGUGUCAACACUUUUAUUAAUGCCAUUAGAGUGCCGAUAAACUGUGUUUAUUGUGAGACUUUUCAUAGAGUUAAUGCAGUUGAACGAGGUUGGUUUGCUUUUCUGGCUGGGCUUGCUGUCUGUUACCUUCACUCUGCCUCUCCAUUUUUAAGCUCCCCUUACUCAAAACCCUGCCUGACUUUUCACUCUCUGCCUGUAUUGCUCCGUUCUUGUUCUCUGCUCUAGUUAAUACUGCAUUUUGUUCUUUCCAUGUCUUUGUUUAUUUACAUACUGUUCUUCCCUCUUCUGUGGAUACUUCUGCUAAACCUCUCUCUUCAGCCCUCUGCUUCUCCAUCUCUAACAGUGCAGAUGAUUUAGGAGAGGAUUUUCAUCCCCAAAGGUAUUUUUACUACUGCCUUCACUUUCAGUGCCACCUUACCUCAGGCAGGUGCUCUGCCCAUUCCAGGCCUCUCAACAGCCCAGAAAAGGCCACACAGGCUGAGACUGUUUCAGCUGCUUGGAGAAACUGCUGUCAGCAGGGCCAGAGUGCUGCUGUGACCAUGUAAUUAGGAAUGAAGAUAAGCCACAUAGAGCUCCACUGCCCUCAGAGUACUCAGUAGUUUGCUCAUUCAGUAAGAAACAGAAAGUCAUUCCUGGCACAACAAGGGAUGAUACCUGGCUCCUACCUCCCCUUCUUCAGCCCUCUGUGGGACUUCUCACAGGUGGUGUGUGGGCAGGAGAAGACAGAACAGGGGGAGAAGUUUAGGCAGUCAAAUGUCUUUCAGCCUAUGGAUUACAGAGUCCUAGGCUGAGGAGUAGAGCAUCUGCCCUUAGUUCAUCCACCUGCAGAGGUCAUUUCCUUCUUUUGUUCUUUAGACUAUCCCUGUAUUCUUACGUUCUCACCUUGCUGUUUUCCUUUACUGUCUUCCAAACUGCAGAAAACAAAAGACCAUCAAUUCUGUCACUGUCUGACCUUACAAACCCACCAGGAAUUGCCAGCAGUAGGAAGCAGUGCUCCAGAAGGGUAUGUCAGACUGGGAUGUAUUUGCUUUAGAAGGGGUACCUGUUCUUUGUAACCUGCCUCAUGGUGCAGUGUGACUUCAGCAGUGCAUGUGCUGUCCUGGCUUCUCGUUGUCCAUCGCUGCACAAGGAAGACAAUCUCUUACCUCUAGUGGCAGCCAUACCAUAUUCCAAGAGCUCCUUUGUAUAACACAGGACUCGGAGUUGGUGCUCAAAAGCCUUACUUCCAUGGUUCUUCCUCCUUUAUAUUGCUUCACCUUGCUUCAUUUUACAAGGAACAAACAGUCCACUUGACAGUAAAGAGACACCUCACACCCUUUAGUGCCAUAAAUGGGUAAGGACCUAUGCAGAAUCUGGAGCAUGUUUAGCAGACAGAAGCCCAGUCAAGCAGGUGAUCCAAAAUAUACUCACUGUUAAGUCCAUAACAUUCAAAAACAGAGCAGGAGUUCUGUUCAGGAAGGCCACUAGCAGCAAGACUCACCCCUAAAGAGAGGCUGCUGCUACCAAAUCCACAGCUAAAUUGCCAUCCACACUCGGGAAGUCAGGCUUGGAUGGAGGCUCUGGCACUAGCAACAAGCUGUUGCAAAAAUGGAGGAAAGCCUCAUUAUCUUUGAUGGCAUAGUAGACUAAAUUAGAUGUAUUUUACCUUUGUCUGUGUCACCAUUGUUAAAAUGGAGUACUUAAAAUUAUUAGAGAUUAUCCAAAGGAUACUUGAAGAGAUGUCACUGUUAAAUGUUUUUUUGCAGGUUUUUAAGUACACAGGUGUUUUUUCAGUGCACUUCAUAGCCAAGAACUCCCAUCCAUGCAAUUUGAGGCCAAGGGGGAGAAUCAGAUUUGUCCAAGCUUAAACACACAGUUUUUCUGGAUGUCUUCUCUUUACUGAGGUGGUAAUGAUUUUCCUUCCAUAAUAUGGGGGUACAUAAGUACAUAUUUGUAUGAUAUAAGUACAUAAUAUGUAUUUAUAUACAAUAGCCCAGAUUAUGCAUCAAGGUAGUAUUUUACCUAAGCAAUAUAUUAAAUGGAACAGCUCCCCCAGUUCAGGCAAUUACAUGUUUUCAGACACUGUCCCUUUUUCUAAAUUAUUUAGAUCAAUACCAGGUACACCUACUUCAACAAGGAAAAAUUAAAAAGAAAUUAAAAUCAACUCAUGUUUUGUGUAGUUGUGAGAUCCAUCAUUUGGCAGGGAUGGGUAAAUACUAUCCAAAGUAGAGCAGGAAACUACUAAAUGCAUGCACUACUGAAAUGCAGCAACAUGGGAAAGAUGAUGGCUGCUUUAGUGGAUAUCUAAUACUAACCUUAAAAAUCCUCACAAGCCUGUUCCAACACUGGAAGCACUUCAUAAACAAAACCCACCCAAACCAGCUGCUGUCACUGAAGCCCUUUGCUGACAGUUCACUUGCACAGUGCUCCUGUGAUAUGUGCAGAUGACACAGGCUUACUGAAACACAGUUGUUAAGUACUGUCCACUGUUCAGCCAGAAAAUCUGGGAAGAGAAUCUAGAUGUUAAUCCACUGCCCUGUUAAAAAAGCCUUUCUUCCUUAACAAAGGAUGCUACAUUUAUCUUCUGUUUCACGGUGUUUACAAUGAUGCCCUGCACACUUCCAUACCAACCACUUUAUGAUGCACAUUAGUGUGCAUCCCUCACAUUCCUGCAACCCAUAGAAGGGAAUUAGUGCCUACAGUCAGAUUUUAUUAUGAAACACUGCUUUAACACAGGAGUUCCCAGGCUCUUGGUCCAGUAUCCUCCACUGACCUUAUCAUUAUCAUUGAACUGUUUUCAGUUCAGGUGGUUAUGUUCACUGCUGACGCUGUAAUACGAGCAAAUGAAAUAAAAGUUCAGGUUGAUACUGUUAAA